AUGGAUGACUACAAAAUUUUCGCUAUAUCUACAAAGAUUCUAGAAAAUUAUAAUGACAUUGUUUAUCUUUAUUUUGAUGCAGGUUCGUCUGGAUCCCUAAAGUUACUUGAUAUGCCAUCCUCUCCAGCUAUAGAGGAAUAUCAAAGUGAAAUAAUAAAAGAAUCGCAAACUGUUAUUGAAGAAGGACAAGUGUAUCAGGACAAGCAAACUGUAGCUGCUGCAAUGAAGCACUUUUCUGUGAUGCACAAGUUCCAGCUUAGAGUUAAAAGAUCUAGUCAUAGAAGGUUUGGAGAAAAGAUCAUUAAAUGCAGUGUUUUACUCAAGUUAUCUACUGGCUUGUAUGCGUUGGUGAACUGUAAAUGGCACUUCAAGGCAACGUCAAUUAAUGAUUCCGCAAUGUUCAAAAUAAGGAGUUUCAACCGACAACACACAUGCUCCUUAAUGGACGAAACAUUCAUACAGCGCAAACGUACUACAGCUGUAGUUGGUAGCAUGGUCAUUCGAAAGUAUUGUGAUCCUAUGACUGUUUACACACCAAAGGACAUACAAACUGACAUGUUAUCCGAACACGGAGUGAACCUAAGCUACAUGCAAGCAUGGAGAGUAAAGGAAAAGGCUUUACAGUUUUUGAGAGGGAAUCCGACUGACUCCUACAGCAAAUUACCCAAAUAUUUUUAUAUUCUUGAGGAGACUUAUCCUGGUUCGGUUGUUAAAUUGAAGAAGACGGCAGAUGAAUGCUUCUUAUACGCAUUUGUUGCUCUUUGUACAUCAAUAAGUGGUUGGCAACAUUGUAGGCCGGUAGUAGUGAUUGAUGGGACAUUCUUAAAGUCAGCCUACAGGGGGAUUAUGCUGACGGCAAGCACCAUGGAUGCAGCAGCUAAAAAGUGUAAAAAUUUUGUAGUUAUUUUGUUGGCAGUCUAUAAAAUGUAG